AUGGCCGCCUCUAUGCUACGACGGUUCCUCAUGCCAUCCGUGCGGAUGCCCCUUCGGAUUACUAGUCAACCUGCAUCUGCUCCUCAAUUGCGACGCAACUUCUCCAGCACGCCUACCCCCUUCGCAACCUACAACCAGGUCGCAAAGGGAUGCCGGAAAGCACAACGCGCGCGUAAAGCUGUCAGUCCAGCAUUACACGAUGUCAAAGCUUCUCAGCUCAAAGGGGUGUGCGUCAAGGUCGGGAUCACCAAGCCCAAGAAGCCCAAUUCGGCAGAGCGGAAGACGGCAAGAGUCAGGUUGUCGACGGGAAGGGUCAUAACGGCAUAUAUCCCGGGAGAGGGACACAAUGUCCAGCAGCAUAGUGUGGUUCUUGUGAGAGGAGGGAGAAGCCAGGAUUGUCCUGGUGUGAGAUACCAUUUGGUUAGAGGGGCCAUGGAUCUGGGUGGUGUGGGAAAUAGAGCAACAAGUCGAUCGAAAUACGGAACGAAGAAGCCUAAGAAGGCUGCCGCUACCUAGAACUGAGCACAGCUGCUCAUAAAAUGGUCACUCGGUUUGGAUGAAGAUAGUAUGUCUAUAAGUAUUAUGGCGUUCAGGCAUGCUCAAAUACGUUUCAUACGUCGAUACAAUGUACUAUAGCCUCAGGGAACAGACAGAGACGGUUCCCAGCUGGUAAUGAAAGCCGAUCACUGGUAAAAAGCCUCUAUUUCGCACAUGGCAAAUCCGGAGUGUCGUUCGUAUUCCUGGCAUUUUUUGUCGUCUCCAGGUCCCAAUCCAAUGAAGAAAUCUACAACGGUGCCAUUAUGUCUCGCUCCAACGCCGCCCUACCGUUCCGGAUAAGUAGUAGAUCAUCAUGUUUUAUUUACAAAAAUGCAGUCCCUUUAGAAAGAAGGAUGUUUAUUCGGGUUUUUAGUCCUGCUGGUUCUCAUAUCCCUC